AUGACAACCGCUGAAAUUAAAGAGAUGGCGACGGAAUAUAUCAUUAAUACUUACGGUGACAGAAGCCUCGCGUUCGUCAAGGGUGAAGGUCCUUACCUCUGGGAUGCCGAUGGAAAAAAAUAUCUUGACUUCCUCGGUGGACUCGCUGUCAACGGCUUAGGGCACUGUCACCCGAAGGUUGUCGCCGCCAUCCGUGAACAGGCAGGUAAGCUGCUACAUACCUCCAAUCUCUACUAUAUCCAACCGCAGGCAGAACUCGCGAAAUUGCUUAUCGACAAUUCCGACAUGGAUCAGUCCUUCUUCUGCAAUAGCGGUGCCGAAGCAAAUGAGGCGGCGAUUAAGUUAGCACGGAAAUACGCCAAAGACAGCGGCAGAACAGACGCCUACGAAAUCAUUACGAUGGAGAAUUCGUUCCAUGGACGGACGAUGGCGACUAUCACCGCCACAGCACAAACGAAAUAUCACGUCGGGUUUGAGCCGAUGCUCGAAGGUUUCAAAUACGUGCCGUUCGACGAUCUCGAAGCAACCGAAGCCGCCAUCAGUGAGAAGACGUGUGCCAUUUUAGUCGAGCCGAUUCAGUCCGAAGGCGGCGUUAAUAUCCCUACUGAUGGGUAUCUCCAAGGGUUACGAGACCUAUGCGACACACAUAACCUGCUACUCAUCUUCGACGAAGUCCAAACCGCGAUGGGGAGAUUGGGUACCUUUUUCGGAUACCAAGGCUACGGCGUUGUGCCAGAUGUAAUCACGAUGGCGAAGGCUCUCGGUAGCGGUGUACCCAUCGGCGCGAUGUUGGCGAAACGACACAUAGCGGAAAGUUUUGUGCCCGGCACCCAUGCGGCGACAUUCGGUGGAAAUCCGUUAGUCACCGCGGCGGCAGCCACAACCGUCAGAACCAUUUUGGAAGAAAACCUCGCCGUGAACGCCGUUAAAAUGGGGAAUUACCUUGCUGGCGGACUGAUGGAACUAAAGGGCAAAUAUCCGAUCAAAGAGGUACGCGGGAAAGGCUUACUCUGUGGCUUAGUCAUGGAAGUCGAUGCAAAACCGCUCGCUGCAAAGUGUAUUGAGAACGGGCUGGUCACCAUCUGCACCAACGAUUAUAUCCUCCGGUUCUUACCGCCGCUCAAUAUCAACGCCGGUCAUGUUGAGGAAGCCGUUAACAUCGUUGAAAAAUCGAUGUCUGAAAUCUUUUAA